GCUUGCACCACCCAACUCGUAGCAGUCCCUGUAGCGCACUAGCUCCCGUGCUCCAAGCCAUGAAGCCGGCUCAGGCGCUGUUCGCGGUCCUCGCCGCCUGGGCGAUGGUCCUGCUGCUGUGCGCCGCGCCGCGGGGCGUCGACGCGGCGACGGCGUGCGACGCCACGAAGCUGACCCCGUGCGCGGGCGCCAUCAUCGGGAACGCGCCGCCCACCGCCGCGUGCUGCAGCAGGAUGAAGGAGCAGCAGCCGUGCAUGUGCGCGUACGCGCGCGACCCAAACCUGAAGCGCUACGUCAACUCGCCCAACGGCAAGAAGACCAUGGCCGCGUGCAAGGUGCCCGUGCCGAGGUGCUAAUGGGUUGCCGCGCGCGCACGGCCGGUGGGUGCUCUGGCCUCUGCCUACGUACGUGAGUCUCUGGCAUGCGGGCCUACUUGACAGCGAUGCGUCCAGUAGUAUGCAGCAGAGGCGCAGCAUGCAGUGUUGCUUGUUUCCGUACGUACGUACGUACGUACUUCGAUCGUGCCGUGCAUGGUUAUUGGUUACCGUUGGUGUUGCUGUACUCUCCGCUGCCUGUAUCUACCGAGCUCUUCAGCCUCCUAUGCGUGUGUAUGAAUAAAGGCUGUAGUAAUGACGUGUGCACUACAAA